CCUGGAGGUGUCCGGCUAGCAACAUUCCUUCAGCUCUGCUAUGUGUAUGUGUCAGCCCGGCGCUGAUUUACGGCACUGCUGAAAAGAGCUUUUCCAGCAGCAUCAGCAACAAGUCAGGGUAUUGAGUGUGAUGCAACAGAAAACCGUUGAAGGAACCACGUCCUCAUGGCAGGACACCCUAAGAAAUGACAAUGUCUAUAAGCCUUUCCGCUGCCCACAAUGUGGAGAAAAUUCACGUUUUAGAAGCCUCUGUGCUUUAAGGGCUCAUCUGGAUUAUAUGCACAGCUAUGAAGAAAGGUAUAUUUUGGGGAAGUCAGGUCUGUUUUGUUCUUUAAAAGAGAUUGAUCCCAAACUAUCCAUAGAACCCUUAAACGAAACACAAAUAGGUUCCACUUACAAUGGUCUGAAGCAAAAAGCAUCAUCUACUUAUUGUGAUCAAACGAAUGAGAACAAGGCAAUCACUGAAACGGAACGACCUUCACCGCUUAUGAAGAGUAAUUUUUCUGAUGAAUCCACAAACGUUCACAAUUCUGUAUGUGGAUAUCCUGCAACCAGGACUAAGCCAAAUUUAGAACCGCAAGGGAAAGUGACAUUUAACCAAAUUGCUGAAACCGUUGAUAAGACAAUAGAAAAGAAAAUCGACAAACUUAAUAAAGAGCUUUGUGAAAAGACAUCAGAGCUCUUGGAAGUCCGUGCUGCGUUCUUGCAACUUUCCCAGAAGAAACAAGAAGUCCAGCAUCGGGAAAGGGCGCUCAGUCGACAAGUAGAUGUUGCUGUUGAGCUGAUUGCAAUACUUAGACAACGACUGACAGAAUCUGAGCAAGAGCUCCAGAGGAAAGAAGAAGAAGUUGUUACAAUCAACCAUUUUCUGGAAGCAGCGGCUGAAAAGGAAUUUCGUGGAAAAAGAAGACUUCAGCAAUUUAUUGAGAAUCUCCUUCAACGGGUUGAAUUUGCCGAAAAGCAAUUGGAAUAUUAUCAAAAUCGACAGAUUAAAAACAUGCAAGCAAAAACAUGCAAUCCUGUGGUUGGACACAUUCCAGCUAGCAGGAAAAGCAAGUCUCAGAAUCGAUGCAGUUGCCAUCCUAUUAGUAAUUCACAUGACGUGAAACCUCAAUCUGCCCAGAAAGGACGAACAUACAUAAACCGCAUAGGGAUACAGCCAAUGAAAUUGCUCUAUGAGACUUCUGACAGCUCUAGAGAUCUUUGGAAGUCACAGAAGAAAGGUGAUCCAUCAAUAAUUGGCAGAAAAGUUUUUAACAAAACCAAGUUGACAAAGAAGCCAAGUUUGUGUCACAAUAUUUAUAAACAAUACUGAGUUUUUACAAUAAAAAUAUAAGUAUAUACAUAUAUAAGUUAAUAAAUGGUUUAUUGCUAUUGAACCGUAAGAGUUGUACUAAUAUACCCAUUGUAGUAGAAUUUUGCCAAUGUCUAUUACUUAUCAAAAAAAGAAAAAAAAAACAGAGAAUGACUACUAAAUGUGUGUAAAUUGUAUUGUUUAUUUUUAUGAGUUAUUAACGUACCAUAAAUGUUCUGCAAGUGUAAAAAAAGAUGCAA